AUGCGCUACCAGAACUGGGACGUCCUCCUGUUCUCGGACAAAUCCAAGGUUCCGAUUCAAGAGUUCAAGACUACGUGCCAUGUUAUCCAAGAUUCAGGUAAGGCAGAUGAUGGCAUAGCAUCUUUACUCGUGGAUGUUACAUUCCCACCACAAAGGGGAGAUAUGGCUAACCGCCUCAACGCAGAAUACCUCCCAACGCAGGGCACUCUGCCAUUGCUUCCAACAGUCACUUCAUUCCUGCCGGCUCUAGGACAAGGCCAGAAUUUUCGACUAUCGAUUCACUCAUGGGAGGCACCGGAGCCGAGUCGCUUUGCGCUCAACUUCACCAAGGAGCCAGGUCUCAUCAUGUUUGAAGCCCGGGUGUUUAUUGACGGCCGACUGGCGGGGUACAGAUAUUUGGGGCGAGACGGCCCAUGGCCAACAAUCAUUGAAACGGGGAUAAACGUUAAUAAGAACGGGGAUCUCGAGCCCUUGAGGUUUCCUGAAUUCCACCAAGAGCUUCUUUCCCAGAACUAUUGGAAUGCAGGUGACGACCUUGGGCGAAUCAAGAUCAUUAUUGCAGAAGGCUUACACCGCGAGUCGCCAGCAAUGUCAUUUGAUCGUAUCAAGAAUAUUGUGGCCUUUUCGUUCCAGCACGCUCCUUUGGAGGUUCUCGAAUCUUCAAGCAUUGCGUGGCCAAAUGCAGAAAUGUGGCGCCACAUUUCAUUUGUUGCAGGAAUGUUACCAGGUGGUAACGUUCCAAGAAAGUCCAGUGAGGGCGCUGUUGAAGCUCACAGCCACUCUCCACGACGAAGGUCCAUUUCCUUAGCUCGGCCACAGAGGCCUCCCCCGGCCAUGGGCAUGAUGCUCCCUCCGGGGUUGCCGGUUUUCCCUCGCCCUGCCAAUUUCGAUCCGUUCACGGAGCGCCGAGCCACUCAGUGGCGGCAACCAUCGUCGGCAGACGUGUCCAUGCCGGAUUAUUCCAGUUCAGUCUCGCUGGCUAGUCAUAGUCGUCAGUUCACGGACCCUAUCUCCAGCAACAAACCAGAGCCGCAACGAUUUCAGUCCUUGGAAAGUAUCGGUGCUUUCGAAGGCCUCUGUGAAGCACUGAAGCCAAGCAAUGUCACCAAAAAGAGCGUCUUAGGAGACUCAGAUGACGUCAGAACUUCUCAAAAUAAAGCAUCUAAAGUGCCAGAUGACCAUCGGUCUAUCAGGACUAUAGCUGGCCAGACCACGCCUGCCACAGUACCUGAAUCUGGUAUUUCCGGAAGUGUCAAGAGCAGGAAAGAGAAUGCCCAAGAUUCCCCGCUUCCAAGAGAAACUCUAUCCGAGGGAAACAACUUCACUUUUGGCGCCUCGCAGCCAUCGUCGGCGAUUAGCGCGGCGGAGCACAAGAGGCAGCGCGUCGUCACGCCUGCAUCGGUAAAGGCUAUCGAUCAGGAAGAUGAACCGAAAAACUCGAUAAUGAGGAAGAUCUCGCAAGGAUCGGCAGGGCGACGUGCUCUUGGUGAGCUGCCGAAUGUCCUGUGAUUUCUUCAACGCUACUCGACUGGUAAAGGCAGCAAUGCAGCCCACGGGUAUUCGGCCUGGUUAGCGUAAAGUUCGAUAAGGAAAACGAUCAAAAUUAGAGAUGUGGGUUUUAUUAAGGAAGAGGGGAGACGGUGUAGUCUCUCCUGGAUUACAGUGGGGUGUUUUCGGAGGGCGGGUUGCACUACUUUGUGGUAGAAUUCUUCGUUAUUUGUAUUUCUUAUUGCCUCGCUCUAUAUCGCUCUGGGAGGUAUCAUAGGGAUCCGAUCCGUCGAUCGGUCCGCGUCCACAAAAAAAAAUCGUUUCUAUUCUUACACAAACUUUCAUUCAUUCAGAACCGCGCGCAGUUUGACCCUCACACCCAUUCACAUCCACCACCACGUCGGGGCCUCCCACCUCCCUAGCCGCCCCUCACUGACGACCGCCUUUGCUGCUCUCUCCCUUUGCUCCUUGCUGCUUGCUGCCUGUCCGCUCCUUGCUCGUGAUCAUUGCUUAGAAUGAGGGGUGGGGGCUUCUAUCAUCGCCGCCUUGAGGGAUGGAAAAUGGAUGGUUUUGCGUAGUAUAAAAAAAGGAUUUGUGUGGGUGAUUUGACACUCCCUUUUUUUGGGGGUUCUUCUUUCUUUCUCUUUGGAUUUUGCUGUGGGGGCCUCUCUUCGCCCGCUCCCCCCACGCUCAAAAAUACACACACGUGCGGUCUAUAAUCGUCGUGUUUCCCUUGCCUUUCGCCCUUUCCUUCUCCGUUCCUGCAAUCCCUGCCUCCCAUUUCCUCCCGCCAUUGCUCACUAUUCCUCCCUAUCCCCCUCCCCUACGUAACAGAAUCGAAUGUUCGAAAGUAAAACCAGAAGUGUGUUAAAAGUUCACAAAAAAAACCCAAGAAAAAAUAUGGAAGCCGAAAAAAAGGAGGGGACCGGGAAUAUAAAAAAAAGAAACAAAAUGUUCACAGGUAACGCCGCGCCCUUGAACAGGAAAAACAUAAAAUCAAAAUGUGUUGAUCCCUUCUCCCCCGUUCCUCCCAUGAUGCAAGAGAAGCCACAAAGGGGUGCUGUAAAAGGAAAAAAUAUAUAUGUUGUUUGUUCAUGGUGGUUGCCCCAUUUGGUAUGGGCCGUUUGCAAUGCUUUCGAAUUCCUGACGUUUGGCGGAAGGGUUUGGUGGUGAUAGUGGGUGUUAUGAGUGUAGUAAGGAUCGGUUUGAUUUGUAGGGUAUUGUUUGGAUGUAGAAUUGGAGUUGGGUUCGAGUUUAUUGACUCGUUGUUCGGCCGUCACGUUCGUUUCGCCUCGUUCGUCUCGUUGUCUGACUUCUUGCCUGCCUGUACGCUUGUCCGUCUUCCUCGGCACCUGUCUGUUUGCUAACACGAAAAUGGUUGGGCUUGCGUGUAUGUAUGUAAAUAUGUGGAGUUUUGAUAUCUUCGCGUGCCGGCGGGAAAAAAAUGGGUGGUAUCAGGGCAUCAUGGCAGGGAGGCGGCAGGUCAGGCCGGGCCAGGACAGGCUAAGGCUAGACAGGAGCGACAACGUCUACGCUUCCUACUUCUUCCUGUUUCCAGAGCCAGUAGCGGUGAUCUUGGAGGUGGACAUGAGGUCGCCAAUGUACUUCUGGAGGAACUUAUUGUUCGAGUCGAGCUUGUCGUGCUCUUCCUUGACCGCCUCUAUGCGGUUGUAGAUCUCGAGAAGCGAUUCUUGGAGGAGCUUCGCGUGUCUAAAUUAGGAACAAGGGGUUAGAGUGUAAUUUUUAGGUUUUGGGGAGGAAAGGUGACAAAAAUAUAAAUCCUGCAGCAGGGGAGAAGGGGCAGGGCAAGGACUGACUGUGAAAGCUGUGCUCUAGCCUCUUGGCUCAUCUUCUCCAGAUCCUCGCUGUUCCUCCUCGGGCUCAUGGCCCUAGCAUCGUCCUCAUCGAACACCUCCUCGCCCUUCUUUAGCUCAACAUUCGGUGCAUCGCGCGGCACAAUGAUAGUCCCGCUGCUCUUUCUCGUGCCGAUCUUGGGUCUUGUGGCUGUGGACGCGGAGGACGCGGCGUCGCUGUCUGUUGCGGGUGGGCCCCCUUGGGAGAGGCGCCGCGGC